CAAUAUAUAAAACGUAUUUAAAUUAAUGAUUCGUGUGAAGUUUAUUGCAACGAAAUGAAGUGUUAGGUUCUUUAUACUGCCACAUUCAAUGACAAAUAAAUGAAAUAAAAAAUAAAAAAGUUUAAUUGCAGCAGGACAUCUAUAUGAAUAAAAAAUAAAAUAGCGAAAUAAGAAAUAAUUAAGAAAUUAAUGUUUAAUCUUGUAUUUUCUUUUUUACAACCGUUCUCUCUUAACAAUUACCUCGCAUUUUACAGCUGUUUCUCAGUAACCGGUUAUUGCACAUUAAAACACUUAUUAGAUUUUGACACAUCAUAUUUCUCCAUUCUCUCUCCGUUUCUAUUAUUUCCAUUUAUGGGACAAAGUAGUUCGAUGAUUUACGCCUGAAACGGGUCAACCGAGGCUCCAAGAUCGAGAGGAUCCAUUACACAGUUACUGCUAAUGCUAUCUGUUUGUUCUGAGUCACAAUAAGGCGUAGUUCUCCACCGACGCUCGUGUCCAACUUUCCACCAUAACGAUCAUUAUUUUGAGAGUUUAAUCGCCGAUUUUACCGUAAAAAUGACUGAAAGUUCGCCAGACGAAGCAAAUGCUAGCCGGAAAGACUUCAUAUGUGGAGUUGUUGAAGGCUUUUACGGUCGCCCGUGGACCACGGAGCAGCGAAAAGAUCUUUUUCAAAAGCAAAAAAAAUGGGGCUUGGACAUGUAUGUGUACGCUCCAAAGGACGAUUACAAGCACCGAGCCUAUUGGCGGGAGCUGUACACCGUGGAGGAGGCGGAGCACCUCACGUCUCUGAUCUCUGCGGCCAGGGCUCAGGGCAUUACAUUCUGUUAUGCUCUGUCUCCGGGCUUGGAUAUCACAUAUAGCAGCCAAAAGGAAAUUACCACUUUGAAACGGAAACUUGAACAGGUGUCCCAGUUUGGCUGCACAUGCUUUGCUCUCUUGUUUGAUGACAUUGAGCCAGAGAUGAGCGAGGCCGACAAGCAGAUCUUCCAGAGUUUUGCUCAUGCACAGGUUUCUGUAACAAAUGAGAUCCACCAACACCUCGGCUGCCCUCGCUUCCUCCUCUGCCCAACACAGUACUGCUCAACCCGGGCUGUACCAACUGUCAACAGCUCCGAGUACCUCAACACGCUAGGAACCAAGCUGUCUCAACAGAUCGACAUCAUGUGGACAGGACCUAAAGUGAUUUCCAAGACGCUGACCACGGAGUGUAUAGAAGAGAUAACCGCCGUACUACGAAGACCGCCAGUAAUCUGGGAUAACCUGCACGCGAACGAUUACGAUCAGAAGAGGAUAUUCUUAGGUCCGUACUGCGGCCGGUCGCCGGAGCUGAUCCCGCUGCUGCGCGGCGUGCUGACGAACCCCAACUGCGAAUACAACGCGAACAUGAUCGCCAUACGCACUCUCGCGCACUGGGCGAGCUGCAGCCUUGAUGCACCAACACACAUGGAAGCGGUAUCAUGGGACAUAAAACUAGAGUCCGAGAGCGAACAAGGCGUGUGUGAAGAUGAGGCCCCCGUGACCCUGGGCAAGCAUGUCUACCACCCGCGGCAGGCGCUCAGGCAAGCAAUAAUCGAGUGGCUUCCAGAAUUCUCCAUACCCAAAACGGCGCAGGGGCCUGUGAUCAAGCCGCAGCCUCCAGUCACAGUUUUCAUCACAGUCCCGCCGGUGCCCAUCAUCCCGAUCCUGCCCAUGGUGAACACAUGCAUGUCGCUGCUGACGGCCACCACCAACACCACGACCACUGCGGCCGCGGCCAUCCCUACAGUGUCCACGUCGCAGCUGCAGGCGCUGGCCGACUGCCCGGCCGCCCGCCUCAAGCACCAGACGGUAUCGCCCGUAGAAACCUUCAGUGCAGUGACGAACCCCGUCAUGAACUCUCUAGUGUCCCCCACAAAAGUUAUCCUCAACGAAUCUAUACAGAACCCCAUCAUACCCAUCGCAAGCUCUAACAUCUCCCUACCUAGCGAAAUACCUGUAUCUACCCUCCCCGUACCACUCCUCGGUAUAAAAUCACUCGAAGAAAGUGUAGACAAAAGCGAAGAUCAAAGUAUGAUAGACAGUGACAGACAGGAUAAAAACGACAGUGUAGUGAAUGACAGUGUUCUAGAAAGUGCUAGUUUCAUAGAAGAGAUGAAGAAGGAUAAAGAAGAGGACCAGGACACGAUUAUAGUUGAUGACGAGAAGGUUGAAGAGCAACAGCAGAAUGGAGACAUGAGUUUAGGAGACACACCUCAAACGCUAAGCCCGAACCGGCCGUCGCUGCCCGAAGGAGAACCGCUCGAUGUGGACCCACCAUCUGCUGCUAACACUGAUACAGACGUAGUUAUGAACGACCAGCUUAGCGAAAAUGGUUCCAUGCAAGUGGAGCCUAGCAACAGUCCUCUGAGCACGGAUAUGAUGGUAGAAUCCGUGGACCCUGUCGAAACUACAGAUGAACCAGUCGAAGAAUCAUCGAUAGACACAAACGCGCUAACGGAGGACGACUUAGUGCUGCUAUGCGAUCUGUUUUAUCUACCGUUCGAGCACGGCUCGCGCGGGCUACGGCUGUUACAUGAUUUCCAUUGGUUAACGGGGCAUGCGGCCGGAACGUUGCCGAGGGGGAACAAACCUGAGACAAGCGAGUGGCGCCGCCGACGGAGCCGCUUCGCGUGGUGGACGGCCCGCGCCAGACGCCUGCUACGGCGACUAGAGGCUUGCGCCAACCGGGAGCUCCACGCCGAGCUGCAGCCCUACGUGUGGGAGCUGUGCGCCGUGCUAGCGCUGCUGGACGGCCUGGUGCGGUGGCUAGAACUUGGCAAAUUCCCGCAGAACAUUGCAACCAAUACACAAGGCAGCUAUACAUGGUUCUCAAAAGGUUGGCGGGAAGCGUUCGAGAGCGGAGCUCAGGAACCUUGGGUGUUCCGCGGCGGCCUCACCGCCGACUUGCGGCGGCUGCUCCCGGUGGAGUGCAGCGGCGACCAGCUGCGGCCGCAGGCCGUGCCGCGCGAGCCGCCGCUCGUCGUGCGGCCCUACUCCGCCGCCGAUGAAAACGCCGUGUGCGAGAUAUGCCACAAAACGUGCAGAGACGGCUCGGAUUGCAGCGACCUUUUCCCGAGCGACCUGCAGACGUUACCGGCUGACAGGCUAGUGCAACCAUUCCUAACAUUUGCGCCUUCUCUGUGUAUGGUGAUAGAAGAGGACGAAAUGUUCCUGAGGGAAGGAGAAGAAAACGUUAACGGGUACAAACCAGGAAUUGUCGGUUACGCAUGCGCCGCGCUGAACAGCAAAGAGUUUUACAAAAAGCAAGAGGUGGCCUGGAUACCGGAGAUGUGCAAGAAAUACCCCGAGCAGUUAACCGAGAGGGAAGACCUGAGUCAGGCGGCUAAGGACUGCAUCCACCACUUCCACCAGUUCAGCGCCCUGGAGCGCGCGCCGGCGGGCGUGCUGCGCGCGCACCCGGCGCUGCUGACGUGCUGCGUGCGCGCCGACUGCCGCGACCCGCACGCGCCGGCGCGCCUGCUCACGUGCCUCCUGGCCGCGCUGAGGGCCCACGGUACUGCUCCACUCCCACCAGGUCACUCUAGAGCCAGCGCCGGCGGGCGUGCUGCGCGCGCACCCGGCGCUGCUGACGUGCUGCGUGCGCGCCGACUGCCGCGACCCGCACGCGCCGGCGCGCCUGCUCACGUGCCUCCUGGCCGCGCUGAGGGCCCACGGUACUGCUCCACUCCCACCAGGUCACUCUAGAGCCAGCGCCGGCGGGCGUGCUGCGCGCGCACCCGGCGCUGCUGACGUGCUGCGUGCGCGCCGACUGCCGCGACCCGCACGCGCCGGCGCGCCUGCUCACGUGCCUCCUGGCCGCGCUGAGGGCCCACGGUACUGCUCCACUCCCACCAGGUCACUCUAGAGCCAGCGCCGGCGGGCGUGCUGCGCGCGCACCCGGCGCUGCUGACGUGCUGCGUGCGCGCCGACUGCCGCGACCCGCACGCGCCGGCGCGCCUGCUCACGUGCCUCCUGGCCGCGCUGAGGGCCCACGGUACUGCUCCACUCCCACCAGGUCACUCUAGAGCCAGCGCCGGCGGGCGUGCUGCGCGCGCACCCGGCGCUGCUGACGUGCUGCGUGCGCGCCGACUGCCGCGACCCGCACGCGCCGGCGCGCCUGCUCACGUGCCUCCUGGCCGCGCUGAGGGCCCACGGUACUGCUCCACUCCCACCAGGUCACUCUAGAGCCAGCGCCGGCGGGCGUGCUGCGCGCGCACCCGGCGCUGCUGACGUGCUGCGUGCGCGCCGACUGCCGCGACCCGCACGCGCCGGCGCGCCUGCUCACGUGCCUCCUGGCCGCGCUGAGGGCCCACGGUACUGCUCCACUCCCACCAGGUCACUCUAGAGCCAGCGCCGGCGGGCGUGCUGCGCGCGCACCCGGCGCUGCUGACGUGCUGCGUGCGCGCCGACUGCCGCGACCCGCACGCGCCGGCGCGCCUGCUCACGUGCCUCCUGGCCGCGCUGAGGGCCCACGGUACUGCUCCACUCCCACCAGGUCACUCUAGAGCCAGCGCCGGCGGGCGUGCUGCGCGCGCACCCGGCGCUGCUGACGUGCUGCGUGCGCGCCGACUGCCGCGACCCGCACGCGCCGGCGCGCCUGCUCACGUGCCUCCUGGCCGCGCUGAGGGCCCACGGUACUGCUCCACUCCCACCAGGUCACUCUAGAGCCAGCGCCGGCGGGCGUGCUGCGCGCGCACCCGGCGCUGCUGACGUGCUGCGUGCGCGCCGACUGCCGCGACCCGCACGCGCCGGCGCGCCUGCUCACGUGCCUCCUGGCCGCGCUGAGGGCCCACGGUACUGCUCCACUCCCACCAGGUCACUCUA